AAAGCUGCACCAUGCUUUGAGAGUUCCUCUGAUCCCAAGAAACUUGAGUGUUUCUUCUCAAGGUUAGAAGACCUCUUUGACAAGUGUGUGAUUGAUGAUGAUGAGGAGAAAAAGAAAGCAGCAAUAUCUUAUACAGAUAUCAAGACAGAGUAUCAGUGGAAAGUGCUUUCUAGCUUUGCUGCUGAUGAAAAAUAUGACAACUUUAAAUCUGAAGUACUAGACUGUUAUGAUGGCAUAUGA